AUGGAGCAGUUUCUUUCAAAGAUUAAAUGUCUCACAGAAAACCUGUUGCAGAAACAGCUGGUAGACAAUGAUGAGGUGAUAGAGGAAUUUUUCUCUGAAAUUUCUAGCAUUAAGGAUUUCCCUAAAAUACUGGAUCCACAGCUGGAGGAAUGCGCAGUUCAUCUGUGGAACUGGGCAGUUACCAAAAAUGUAGGCAACAAUAUAAAUAAAAAUCAAAAGGCCAAAGUGCAACAUAUUGCAUGUAGCCUGCUCUACUGCUGUGAACCUGAGAAUCCAACAGAGGGCGUCCUCCGCAAGCAGAUCCUGAUGGCCAGCAAAACAGGAAGAACCUGGCUAGACUGCAAAGAUCCCCAAAUGGCAGAUCACUUCUUAAGGCUUGCUGUCAAGAGCCUGGAAACACUUUAUAGCCAGCUAAUGUCCAGAGUUGAAGAAGCUGACAUCAACUCAUCCAAAGGGGAUGUGGAGAAGGAUCUACUUCGCAUCCUCUCAUGCCAGGCAGAAUCGGCUUUAUGUCAAGGAAAUAACAAUGAAGCUGUGGUCUACAUGCAGCGCUGUAGAGAAAUGCUUUUGCGUUUGCCCAAAGAAACUGCAUAUGUCUCCCUUAUGUGCUACAACUUUGGAGUAGAUACUUACCAGCUGAAAAAGUUUGAGGACAGUUCAUUUUGGCUGAGCCAGAGUUAUGACAUUGGAAAAAUGAAUGAGAAAUACUCUCCUGGAUCAGAAAUCCAGGCCAAGAUUUUGAGACUUCUUGCCACUGUUUAUCUAGAGUGGGAUUGGCAGAGAUUUCAGGAGAAAGCCCUUAAUGCUGUCAGCCUCGCCAAUGAGGAAAGUAUUAGUGUCUCUGGACUGUACUUAAAGAUCAGAAUACUCCUGAGGUGUGGGGCCCCAGAUGAUCAUAUCAGAGCAGGACUUAAUGAAAUGCUACAAUCUGAUGUGUCCCUUGAAGUGUGUCUGAGCACAGUGAAACUACUCAUGUCUGAAGACAGAGAAGUGCUGGGAUUUGAGUAUAUGAAAUGUGUGUGUCUGCACUUUGAGUCGUCCCCUGACUUGGGAAGUGCUCUUGUUUUGCACAUUGAGCUCCUUCUGCACAGGGGCAAGGAGCUUUUGGGCAAGCAGAAGAUAGAGGAUAUCAUCACUGGCCAUUAUACAGGUAAACAGCUGACCCCACAGGCCCUCUCCAGACUGCAUGUUUUACUGUGGGAUAAAGCAUCCAGACACUUUGAGACAAAGAACUAUUCAGAAUCACUGCAGUGGUAUAACUACUCCCUGAGUUUCUUCAAGGCAGGUCAAAUUGAUCCCAACUUGGCCAAACUGCAGAGGAACAGAGCUUCCUGUUUCUUGCAACUAAAGCAGCUGGAAAAGGCUAAAGAAGCAGUAAAAGAAGCAGAGAGAUGUGAUCCAGAUAGCAUUUUCACCCAGUUUACUGUUUACAAGAUUGCAGUACAGGAGAACAAUGUGGAGAGAGCUGCAGAGGCAGUGAAUGCGAUGGGACUUUUGUCCAAGAGUUCUACGUCUGCCGAGGACAAACUGCUCUUAUCUGAAAUUGCUGCCUCCAGUGUUCUCAGUCUGGCUGCUCAGAUUGCUCUAGAGAAUGAACAGCAAGACACUGCAAUGAAGGCACUGGAGAGUUUGUGUGAAAACUCCAAAGAUGAGGUUCAGGUUCUCACUGCUCUCAGGUGUUUGAUUCGACUUGUGCUCUCCACAAUAGAAAAAUCGAGUGAUGAGAUGAGGACUGUCAAUCUGGAUGUUCUUCUUCCAUAUUUAAAAAUGGCUCUGCAGAAAAUUUCUCAUCAUUCUUGCAUGACUGUUGAUCAGCGAUCAGAGGAAGCUAACUGGUUCAGGAAGAUUGCUUGGAACUCAGCCUUGCAGUGUGAGAGCAGUCCUGACAGGAUGAGGGAUUUCUUUGUGCUCUCAUACCAGCUUGCCCAGCUGUGCCCUCCCGAUCGCACAAUCCUCAUGGGCCAGAAGACAUGUUUGCUAAUGGCUGCUGCUGCCUCUUUGGAGCUCUGCAGGAGGUCUCCUCCCCUUACCCAGACAGAAGAGCUCACUCAGGCCCUGGAGCACAUUCAGAUCUGCUGGGAGGUCUGGAAAACUCUGAAAGCAUCUGGAAGCUUCCCUUUGGACCCAACAGAUACAUUGCUUCUGUUGUAUGAAUUCGAGGCUCGUGCUAAGCUCAAUGACCCCAAGGUUGAAACAGUCCUGGAAUCUGUCUUGGAGCUAGAAAAUGUUGAAACCAAAGUGCUAGAAACAAUCGCAGCCUUAGCCAUGGAGUCUCCAGCCCACUUCCCUUUGCUGUGUAAGAAGGCCUUGAGGGUUGCUCUGUCUCUGCACAAGAAACAGCCACAGACCGACCUAUCCCGCUGCAGCAAGUGUGUUCACAGCCUGAUAAAGCUGUCCCUCCCAAACGGUGUCUCUGAAGUGGAGGCCCAUGUGCUUGAGGAGGUGUGGGACUACUAUGAGGAGGCUCUGUCCAUCAUCACAGCCGCACCGGAUGACUUCCCAGAGAUGGAGACCCUGUGGCUGCUGACUCGAGCGUGGAACACAGGGAUACUGAUGUACAGCCUAGCUCAGUACCCUGAGGCUGAGAGGUGGUGCGGCCUAGCCAUGAGCUUCAUCCGCCACCUGGGUUCCCUGCGUGAGAGCUACGAGACACAGAUGUCCCGUCUCUACAGUGAAAUCCUGGACAGACUGGACAAAGCCAAGAUCAUUACCAUACAGUAA